UUCAAUAAAUUACAUAAACUUUGCAUUACAGUUUCGUUACAAGAAAUGAAAAUCAGUAUCUUUACAUUAAUAAUACUCAAUGUUGGUGUUUGCUGUUAUUGUAAAGUGGUUGAAAUAUCCACAAGUGAUGAAUUUUUGAGCUUUAGAAAACAAAAGUUUCCACAACUAAUUUACUACUUUCAUGAGCAACCAGGUAUCAUGCUACAAACCAUGAAUACAGUAUCUUAUAACUGGGACGAAGAAUCAAUAGUUCCUUAUAUAAAGUUAGGAUUUGUUAAUUGUGAUGUUAAAGAUUUUGAAAAAAAUCAAGAUUGUUCUAAUCACAAAAGUUUACUUGUGGCUUAUUUUCAUGAAAAAGAGGAAACUAUGGAGAUGAAAUAUUUGUUUAAUACAAUUGCAUUUGAAGCUCAUUUGUUGUAUUUUAUACACAGAGAGCAGUUAACUAUUAUCAAUAAUCUUGACUUUUGGAAGUUAUACAUUAGCCAAGCAAAGAGUGAAAAAGAUGUUGUUUUUGUGUAUUUUUCAGCAUUAGGAUCAUUCUCUCACUAUACUUUUAUGAAGUUUGUUCAUAAACGAAUUGAUGCAUACAAGUUUGCAUUUACUAACGAUGAGAUCUUUGCAGCAGAAAUGGGAAUGCCUUCGAAGCAUCAAGUUUGUGUUUGGUAUGCAAGUUGCUCACAAACUAAUUAUAGUUCCGAGUGUCCAGUUUUUAAGCGAAGUUUCAUUGGAGAUCUUAAGUACUCUUCAUUGAUUUUGUUAAUUGACUUUUAUGAUACACCUAUUGUGUCUGAAAUAAAUAAUGGAAGUAUAAUAUACAGCGACCAAGUAACUUUACUUUUUUUUUUUUUUGAUAAUGAUAAAAGUAAAAUGGAGUUCUCAGAUAAAAUUGGUUCAGUUGUAAAUAGCUUAAUCCAGUUAAGCAUUGAUGUUCGAGCUGUGCUAGUUGAUAAGCGCAAAAAUCCAGAAUUGUUUGAGAGUUAUGGUAUUCAUGAAAAUGUAAUUCUACCAACAGUGAUGUUGCAGUAUCCAUUAGAAUCCAGAAAAACUGAACACAAAGGCAUAACGAAAAUUGUGGAUUCAUUUCCAUUUGAUGUUGACUUAACAAAUGAGAAUAUAUACAAAUUUGUUCAUGACAGCAUUUUAAAACCACAAGUUUAUAAUCCAAUCUAUGACAUAGAGUUGCAUUUAUUUAAAGACUUGCUGAUUCCAAGAAAUUCUUUAACGGAAAAGACACAGCGUGUUCUCAUUGGUGGAUGUACAAAGUAUCGUAGUUAUUUAAAGAAUUGUGCUUUGUUCAACUCAAACUUUAGGCGCCUUGUACGAACAAUUUAUUUGGAUCGUUCAGUAAUUAUGAAAUAUAAAUAUAUAGAUUACACUGAUGAACCAAAUAGUUUUAUGAGAUUACCGCUACUUAAUUUUUAUGACCCAACAACCGGAAUACAUGAAUUUAGUCACUCGGAUGUUACUUAUUUAAACAUGUUAUUAUGGUUGAAUUCAAAGAUUGGCUCUGCUAUCAAACCAAUUCCAUUUUCUCGAAGCGACUUUGUCAAGUUCAAUUUCAAAAGUGUUCGGAGCUCACAGCUUACUCAAGAUGAUGAGGUUUCUCAACGCGUUCUUCAGCUAAAAAAUGAAAGAUUGUAUCGAGAUAGCGUUGAAUUACUUACUGAUACCUCAUUUAAUAACACUAUUAAUAAAUAUGAUUUUAUUGUUGUAUUAUUUUUUGUUCUCUGGGAUGAGCGGAGUUACCUUAUUCAACCACACUUUGCAAAAGUACACGAAAUGAUGGAGUCUCAAAUUGUCAAAAUGGCAAAAGUUGACUGUGCUUCAGAAUAUUAUGUAUGUACUUUCCAAAAAGUUUUUUGCUAUCCAACUAUUAGAGUCUUCAAAAAAGGGAAACAUUUGAUUGAUUACAAUGGUUUCUUUGAUGCUAUAAGAUUGGAGCAGAUUAUUAAACAUCACACAAGUGCAUCUUUAAUUGAGUUGAAAGAGACCGAAAUACAUGACUAUAUAGAAGGCACCCUACCAAAAUUUUUUUUUCCUCAUACAAGUACAUCAGUUUUAGCAUGGUUUUCUUCAAGAAAAAGUGAAGCUUUCAGUGAUUACACAAACUUUGCUGAAAAUAAUAUGGAUAAAGCACAGUUUUCUUUUUUGAUUGGCGAUCAUGCUAAAGAAAUUUUGAAAAUUUCUUCGGAUGAUGUCUUCUUUGCAGUUUACAAGGGACCUAAUAAAGUUCAGCCUGUUUCUAUUUUUACUGGCCAAUAUAAUAAAGAGUCACUGGAUGUGUUUAUGAAAACAAUGAUGGUUGAAAUAUUUGGCAAGCUUACCCCAAGAAAUCUUCCAGCAUAUAAACUUCUGAAUAAGCCACUCAUGGUAUUAUUUAUAAAUGAAAAAGAAAUUAAUCACUCAUUGGAAUGGAAGGCUAUAGAACAAAUGGUGAAAGAUAAUUUGUUUAAAAAUGUUGUUCCUGUCUGGAUGAACACAGAGGAUGCAUUGUCAAGAAAAAUUCGUACAAGUUACAUUGGUUUACAGAAACACAACAAUGUUAACCUUGUUGUAGUUAAUCAUACAAAGGGUGAAGUAUACUAUCUCCCUACAUCUAAAGUCACUGUUAAAGAAGUAUUAAUUCAGGAGAUUAGCAUUUGGCUUUUAUCAUUAGAGUCAGGAAAACUAAAUGCUACAUCAUUCUUAAUGGUCCGCCACUGGAAACCUUUAAGCGAGGGUAUUGAUUUCGACCAUGAUAUUCAGAAAACACACCAAGUUAAACACCAAUCAUCAAAAAGAAUGUUUUUUGGGGAUGAUGUUAAAGAUGACACAGUCUUUUAUAGAAGUAAUCAUAACAGCGUAAUAAGCAGCAACACUGAGGAAGAUUUUCGAUUUCCCCAUCAACAACAUGUAAUUCAUGACGAGCUUUGAAUAACUUGGUUUUUAUAAUAUAUUACAAAUAUAGUAUAUUAUUUGAAAAAUAUUAUUUUGUAAAUAAAUUUUAAAAUUGAUAUUUUGUUUAUUGAUAAAGUUGUAUUGUUUUAAGUUUUAGUUUUUUUAUACGUAAGUUUUAUUAUUAAAAGU